AUGGCAAGAGAAUUGAAGUUUUGGUUUCUCUCUCUCUCACAUGCCUUGAUUCUUUUAGCAGAAUAUUGCAGUGCAGAAGACACGUUAACCCAAUCCCAACGGCUCUCGGUGAACCAGAGUCUUGUUUCUGCUGGUGGGAUGUUCGAGUUGGGGUUCUUGAUUCCUGGGAAUUCCAGAAAGCUGUAUUUUGGGCUGUGGUACAAGAACAUUCAUCCUGCUCGUUCGAUUCUUUGGGUUGCAAAUAGAGAAAACCCUCUUCUGGCUAAUGAUUCUGACUCGAGCUUGAAGAUUGGAAGAGAUGGGAACCUAAGACUCGUGGAUGGGAAACAAAAGACGGUUUGGUCAACAAAUGUUUCUGUCCAUUCCAGUAGUAACACAACUGCAGUGCUUACAGACAUGGGAGAGCUCGUUCUUAAAGAGUCUUCGACAGGAUUGCUUAUGUGGAAUAGUUUCGAUUACCCAACUGACACGAUUAUUCCAGGAAUGAAUCUGGGAUAUGAUGUCCGGGGUGAAGUGGACCAAGAAUUGUCAUCCUGGGACUCAGAAAAUGACCCCUCACCGGGAAAAUUUCGAGUUGGAAUUUCCCAGGAAACGCCACCUCAAGCAUUCACUUGGAUUAAUAACUCGACGCCAUAUUGGAGAAGUGGCCCGUGGAAUGGGUGGAAAUUCAUAGGAAUACCAGAGCAGUAUACUGGAUAUUCUAACGGGAUGAAUCUCGUCCAAGAUAAUAAUCUGGGAACUGCCUAUUUAAGUUUCAACACCUUCAACAGCUCCUAUGUUUCGAUCGUGACUAUAAGACCAUCAGGCGUGUUGCAGAUCAAUCUGUGGGAUGAUAAAAUGAAUGCCUGGGACCUCAACUGGGAAGCACCCAACCAUUUAUGCGAUGUUUAUGGAACUUGUGGAGCUUUUAGUGUUUGCGAUAAGAAAAAGUCUCCAUUUUGCGAGUGUUUAAGAGGUUUCGUACCCAAGUCAAGAGAGGAAUGGAGUAACGGGAAUUGGACAAGUGGCUGCAUGAGGCAGACUGAACUUCUAUGUGAGCAGCAUAGGAGUGGCAUCGCCCCCAAUGAAUCUAAAAAUGACACAUUUUUUAAGCUAACAGAGAUGAAAUUGCCCGAUCAUUUCAUAUAUUUGUACGAUAAAGGCAUGGAAGGUUGCAGGGAAUGGUGUUUGGAAAACUGUUCUUGUGUGGCUUAUGCAUUUCCACAGGGAAUUCGCUGUAUGGUUUGGACAUCGAGCCUAAUCGAUGUUCUGCAGUUCUCGUAUGCAGGAGAGGAUCUGUAUCUUCGUCUUGCAAAUUCUGAAUUUGGAGACGAUAAGAGGAAGAUAAAACUCAUUGUUAGUUUGGCAACAGUUACGAGUGCUAUCCUUUUGGGAAUCUUGAUUUAUAUGAUCUGCAGGAGGAGAGCGAACCAAGAAGGAGAAGAAAUGGAAGGAAUUCAUGCGAUACCUAGUGAUUCAUCGGAGUUGCCAAUGAUUGGUUUCGAUGAACUAGCAGCUGCUACCAACGAUUUCAGCAACGAUAACAAGCUCGGUGCAGGAGGAUUUGGUUCGGUUUACAAGGGAAUAUUAACAGAUGGGCGGGAAAUAGCAGUAAAAAGGCUAUAUAGUUUUUCAGGACAAGGAACCGAAGAGUUCAAGAAUGAAAUCUUGAUCAUCUCGAAACUCCAGCACAGGAAUCUUGUUCGGCUAUUAGGCUGCAGCAUUCAUGGGGAAGAGAAGUUACUGAUCUAUGAGCAUAUGAAAAAUAAAAGCUUGGAUACUUUGCUCUUUGAUCCAACGAAAAAAGUACACCUUGAUUGGGCAAAGCGUUUCAACAUAAUACAGGGUAUAGCAAGAGGACUUGUCUAUCUCCAUCGCGAUUCCUGUUUGAGGAUUAUUCACCGGGAUCUCAAGGCUAGCAAUAUUUUGUUGGAUGAAGACAUGAACCCAAAAAUCUCAGACUUCGGGUUGACAAGAGCAUUCAGGGUGACAGAAGAACUAGCAAAUACUCAUAGGGUUGUGGGAACCUUUGGCUAUAUGUCACCUGAAUACGUCAUGAGAGGACUAUUUUCUGAGAAGUCGGAUGUUUAUAGCUUUGGAGUAUUAUUGUUAGAGGUUGUCAGUGGUAGGAGAAACUGUGAAAUCCAUAACAAUGAAGAAAAUUUCAGCCUUCUCAAUCAUGCAUGGCAAUUAUGGAUUGAAAGCAGGGAAGUUGAUCUGAUAGACGAAUCAAUUUCGAACUCGUGUUCGUUUACAGAAGCACUACGGUGCAUAAGGAUAGGGCUGCUUUGUGUGCAAGACCAUACAUCAAACAGACCCACAAUGUCAAAUGUAGUAUUGAUGUUGUGCAGUGAAACAGAUAUUCCUCAGCCAAAACAACCCACUUUCACAUUCCAAAGGUUGUUGGAUUCUGAUUCCAGGUCACACAGCUCCAGAAAUGAAAUCACUGUUUCCAUGACUGAAGGCAGAUAGAUAGAUGUGAGAGCCAAUAUAUUCAAGUUUGUGUUUAAGGUUUCGCAAACAUUCAGUGGUGAUCAAGACCAAAACCUCAUUAAAAAUUGUUUGAAAAGUUAAAGAGUAACAGAGAGUUCCAAAGAGCAUGAAGAAUCUGCCAUUUUUUUUUUCUUACUUUAUAGGCAAAAUUGACUGCCACUCCCCUUUAUUCUCACACCUUAAAGCUUGUGAUACCCUUAUCUACUUUGUCAAAGACAUCAACUUUCUCAAGAGGAGUUGCUGACUUCAUCUAACAAUUGCCCAAAGAUUCCAGGGAAAGGAAUAUGCAGCUAACCAUGGCAGGAAUAUGCACCACAACAGGUAUCAAUACUAGGCUGCUACCUAUCUAUUUUCUGAGAGUGGGGGAAAAGUGAAUUUCAAGGUACAUUAAAGAGAUGUAUACUCUGUUGCAUGAACAAUGUAUCAUGUAUGUAUAUCCGAUGUAAACCAAGACCCUACUAUACCGUAAAAGCUAGCUCAUGACUCAUUCGGCC